GAGGUGCGUCUAGGUGGAACAAAGGGCUACCAGGCGCGUUCUUCAAAAAGCCGGAUCAAACGGUCGAAUGCUUCUUCAUUAAUCAAACGCUCGUUCUUGCUACAUUUGUGCAAUCACCUGAACCACCCUGCCAUGGCCGCGAAGGACGAUUCCCUGAACCAUCUCGGCGAGCGGCUCGACUUGAUGAACCAGCUGGUCCGUCUGUCCAACCUGACCGUUGACGACCACUACAUGCUCCAGGAAUGCCACCAGAGGCUACGAAACGUCGACAAGCUUCAGGCCGAGCUACACUCUCUCAUCGGCGUCUACGAAGAACAGAGGCGCGAGAUGAGUGCCUUGCCCCCCAAAAUCGAGCAGCUUCAGAGCCUGGCCAGCUACGUGAACGUUGCCGUGGCUAAGGCCGCCGAGGCCAAGAAAUCACGAGCGCCGCUGCCGACUCCCAAGCCCGGUCAAGCCGUUCCCUUCGCCGAAGCCGCCAACAUGGGGGUCGCGUACAUCACGAACGAAGAAUUUGAGCACGUGCCGAAAUACAUGAAGGGCCGACAGACCGUCGAUUCGCUAAACCGGUGUGUCGACGUGUUUAACAAGGCCGUGGCGGCCAAGUACGAACUCCUCGCCCGCCCGAAAGCGCAGCUACGAGAAGCUCAGUGGGCGAAGGUGAACGCCUUCAGGAGGCAGGAGUCCAACGAGACGAAAAAGGUCAAGUUCGUCGUAGAGGGCGACAUCAGGUCCAAAGGCGGCCUCCUCGAUACGGCGAAAGCGGUCAACAACUUCGUCGUCAUCAUGCGGCACUGCGGCAGACUUCGCGAGAUACGCGGGCAGGGCUUCGUGCGAUUCGCCGUGAUGUGAGGGGCGUGCUAACACCCCUUUCGUUCAUCGCCCUAGUCUUCUUUACGACUUUGUUUUGCAACAUAUUUUAAACUAGACGGAUUUUGCGACGACUGUACACCGACCCAAUGUGUAUAAAAGUUUUACAGAUGGCUGUGAA